AUGAUGGAGGGGGUUGGCAUCGCCGCCUGGUUCGGACUUAAGAGCCACCUGGGCAGCUCCUCGCCAGCGUCGUCCGGGGUGCAAGCUCAGGCUUAUCAGUUUAUCGCUGGCUCCCGUCCCAUAGCCAGCACCAAGCCGAACCGUGACAGCUCAACGUCGACGGGCGUCUUCCCAGAAGCCGCCUGCAAAACAUCCAGCACCCAGACUGGAGCUGCCCUCCUGCCAGCCAAGAUGCGCACCACCGCCGCCCUCUGCGGCAAGGGCUUCUGGGGCCGGAGCAUGGACGAGUUCAAGCGCCUGUCCAACAUCGCCCUGACCCUCGAGGGCAUCAAGGGCCCCUCGGGCCCCAAGCCCCUGCACUCGUUCCGCGACGCCGCCUCCAUCGCCGACACCAAGCUCAUGUGCGACGUCGACAUCGGCGGCUACUCCAAGGCCUCGCUGGACUGGGAGCCCGCCACCGCACACGAGCCCGCCCACGCCCGCUUCGCCGGCAGCAUCUCGACCGCCCUGCCCCCGCACCGCCCGGACAUCCAGCGCUCCGGCUUCGCCGCCUGGCGCACCCUCGACCGGCCCCCGACCCUGUUCGGCCGCGCCCUGUGGGACAUCGACAUGUACCGCUACCUGGCCCUGCGCGUCAAGAGCGACGGCCGCGCCUACUUCGUCAACGUCCAGACCGAGUCCGUCGUGCCCACCGACCUGCACCAGCACCGCCUCUUCGCCAAGCGGCCCGGCGAGUGGGAGACGGUCUUGAUCAAGUGGAACGACUUCGUCCGCACCAACCACGGCUUUGUCGUUGAGCCCCAGACCGAGAUCCUGCGCCAAAAGGUCAAGAGCUUGGGCAUCGGCCUGACGGACCGGGUUCCCGGUCCUUUCGAGCUGUGCAUAGAGAGCAUGUGGGCUACGAACGACGCUCGCGAAGCAGACAGCCCUGAGCAUGAGCACGAGGACGAGCACGAGCACGCAGAUGCGGAGGCUUUGGCGGAGGCGGCAGCCACAAGCAAAGAGGGUCAGCUCAAGAGCAAGUCAGGCAAGAAAGUAAAGUGGAGUGAAUGA